UAUUAAGGCUUAGUGCCUUUGAUUGAGGAGCUGGACUCUGUGAUCGUGCUGAGGGAAGAGAGACAAGUCUUCAGUCUUCAGCAGAUGAUACACCGCGCUUUGCAUCUUUCCCAGGAACUUGUCAACACAUGCUUUUUUGUUCUUGCUCGUUUAUUUAUCCUGCAGAUAUUUCAGUUAUUUUAUGACCAGCAGCCAGUCUUGGACCCUGUGUGAUAGGAAACCCACUACGAGACAUUGCUGACUUUUUCAAAGGUGUCACCAGGUAAUGAGAUUACUGCUGCUCUCCAGCUCAAGCAUGAAAGACCGUGACUCUCUGUCCCUUCUGCACUACACAAACUCUGGCAAAACAGGCCCACAGUACCCCCCUCCUAAUCUCCACUCUCCCUCCCCAGGCCUCACGAAGUCCCAGCCCUUCUGUCUGCAGUCCAGUCAGCACCUCAUAGCCUCCAUGCAGCCAAAACUCAACAGUCACUAUCAGAGCCUGGCUGCCUCCUCUACAGUCUCUUCCGGAUCCAACAGAGGAUUCGGCAGUGCUUCGAUGAGUCCAGCGCAAAUCUCUGGCCCAGGGAUGGCUCAAGGGUCUGGGAUCAUAGAUUCUGAUCCAGUGGACGAGGAUGUCUUGAUGUCUCUGGUAGUGGAGCUCGGUUUGGACAGGGCUAAUGAACUUCCAGAGCUGUGGCUGGGCCAGAAUGAGUUUGACUUCAUAUCAGAUGUACCUGCUGGGUGCUGACCCCCUAAAAGUCCCGAAUCACUUUUUGGCUGCCUAUUUUUUUUUUGCACCUGAGACACUGUUGGCUCACAAGAUUUGUUUUUGAAGUCUUUUCAUGACUAUGUAAGCUGCAAAGGUAUUAGUGAGUAUAGACUCUCACAAUCAAAAGACUACUUGGACAACCCCACAGACAGGCUCUUUUGAGACUAAAACUUGGUAACUCUAUUUACAUUGAGGUCUUGCUUGUUAUAAUCCUUUUCAAACUCUGAUUUCAAAGUGGUGCAAGAAUUUCUCUCAAGUCACCAGACAUGGAGCUAAAUCAUUAGCUUCACACAUGGACUGGACCGCUAAACAUGUUAUCAGACAUGAUUUCCCCCCCAAGUCUACUAAAGAAUCAGCAUUGUUGGAUCGAUCUUUUUUUUUUUUUUUUUUUUUUUUUUUUAAACUGGUAUACUUCACCACCAACAGU